AACUUGAUAAUAGAACAAUCCACACCGUCCGUUUUAAAGAAAUUAUUUAAAGAUUUGACUAAAGAGCAAGACAUUUGUGCAUUAUUUUCCUAUAUCAAUCGUAGGUAUCUCCACAAGUUUCUUCAUCAAGAUUUUCUUUGUGUGCACAUCCCAAGUGUAUUUGUGAAAACAAAAGCAAAAAUGGAGAGCGAACAACCAAGUGAAUAUGAAGACUUGUUGCCAGUAAUGGCAGAGAAGCUAGAUGUGGAUGCUUUUGUUGAAGAACUUUGUGGGGGAUUUCGGGUUCUGUCGGAUCAGAGAAGCGGGUUGAUUACUCCUUCAAGUUUGCAGAAAAAUUCCUCGUACUUGGGAUUCGAAGGAAUGAGCAAAGAAGACGCCGAGGGGAUGGUAAGAGAAGGUGAUAUCGACGGAGAUGGAGCGCUUAACGAGAAAGAAUUUUGCAUACUUAUGGUGAGACUCAGUCCUGGAAUGAUGCAGGAUGCAGAAGCAUGGCUUGAGAAGGCUAUGCAACAAACCACCUCGUCUUGAUUUCACUAUUUUCGCACAUGUUUAGUACUGGACGGGGCACAAAAGUGCCAUCGAGUACUCUAUAAUUCUAUGUUCUUUUCUUAUGCAUAAAUGACUCCAAGUAAUUAUCCUAUCGUCUAUGUAUCCAGUUAUGAAGUUAUUGUGUUUGGAGCAUACAAAUUUUCAGAAUUACUUUCUACUGUACUGAAGGAGCAACUUUUUUCAUAAA